AUGUGUCGUGGCGUUCGAGUGCAGGAUGAGUGGACGUAUUUCUGUGGAAUAUGGGUGAAGAAUCGAUCUAUAGUCAUCUUCUUGGCCAUCGCCCAGUUCAUUGUCGCUACCGUAUCUCUAGCACAGCAUAUUUACUCCGUAGUGAAUUUCAAUAAGAUUUUCUUAUGUUCUUUCAACGAGUCUUCUCCAAAUGCUGGAAAUUUCCUCAGUGCCGAUGUGAUCAUUUUCGACUUUGGACUUUUCCACGAACUCAUACAGGUUCAAGAAUGCAUCGCUAAUUACUUAGACGGCGGAUAUAUGCGAUGUUUAUGGUGUUUAGGACAAAUGGCUGCCCUAGCACUGACCGUCGUUACCUGUGUGGGCGUAACACAUCCACAUCCAUUACUGCUAUGGCCUCAGCUCAUCAUACAGAAUGCCUACUGCUUCGGCUUGGUAAUUCUGACGAUUGCUACAGCUGACAAACUGCUGGUUUCAAUACUGCAUCCGGUGAAUCCACAUCUCAGUCUGCUCAUUUUCUACUUCGGCGUCGGCACGUGCACUAAUCACAUUUUCGACUACAUAUUAUGGCAUUAUUACUGGCACGAAGAAUACCAGUAUAUCACUCGAACAGGGAAGCAUGUGAUACCUUUUUGGGUUUAA